UACCACAAAGCCUACUACAUCAACAACAGAAUCAACCACAUCACCUACUCCUACUCCUGCAUCUACUCCUACACAAACUCCGCCGUACAUCUGUCCUGAAUGGAACAAAAACACCAACGAGACCUUCUUCUUGUGUAACUGCACUAUGGCGAGGUGCAUAAAAGACAACAUCAUUGAAAUUAUCCCAUUUGAAUGCCCUCCACUGCAGAACAUCACCUGUGAAAAUGGAAAAAAACCAGUGCUUGUCCAUGAUGAACACCACUGCUGCCAAUAUUAUGCAUGUGACUGCUUUUGUGAAGGCUGGGGGGACCCGCAUUAUGUCACAUUUGAUGGACAAUUCUACAGUUAUCAAGGAAACUGCACUUAUAUAUUAAUGAAGGAAAUUAGGCCUCGAUACCAUUUGGAGAUCUACAUCGACAGUGUCUACUGUGACCCUGUUGAGCAUGUAUCCUGUCCCAGAUCUAUUAUUGUGUCUUACAACAAACUAGUCAUAAAUCUUACGAAUAGCAAUCUCAUAGGAGGUGCAGACCUAGAGGCUUUUGAGAACAAUGUAAAGUUACGGCUGCCAUAUGCUCAUAAUAAUGUGAGAGUUAUAAGCUCAGGCCUAGACUUGAUCCUGAGUAUUCCACAGCUGGGUGUUCAUUUAACAUUUGGAGCUACUGGCUUUGGCAUCAAUUUGCCAUUUCAGCAUUUUGGAAACAACACACAAGGUCAUUGUGGAACAUGCAACAACAACAAGGCUGAUGACUGCAUGAUCCCUGGAGGGACCUUGGUGGACGACUGUGCAGUGAUGGCGGAUUACUGGCCAGCCAUUGGGGCGAAUGAUGAAAUUUGCACUCCACCAACUGCAUUACCUUCCAUCUGGGAUAAUAAAAAACUUACAUCUAAGCCUUGCCAGGCUCAUCCUGACUGCAACCUCCUUGAUAGCGAGUUGUUCAAAGCGUGCCAUUCCCAUAUAUCCCCCAAAAACUUCUUUUUAGCAUGUGAAUAUGACAGUUGUCACAUGAGUAACCCUGCUGUGGUGUGUACCAGUCUUCAGACAUACGCAAGGGCUUGCUCUCAAUUAGGGAUCUGCAUACACUGGAGGAACUACACUUACCUUUGCAAUAUUGAAUGUCCAGCAGAUAAAGUUUUCAAUCCUUGUGGUCCAGCUGAGCCAGCAACCUGUGCUGAUAUACCUGAACAGAACACCAUUACAAUGCCGACAGAGGGCUGCUUCUGUCCUGAGGGCACAUUACUCUUCAACAAGAAGAUGGGCGUUUGUGUGAACAAAUGUGGAUGCCUGGAUGCCUCUAGAACACCACGAGAGUUCGCUGAAGUUUUCGAGUACAACUGUGAGGAGUGUAUCUGUGAUAAGGCCAGCAAAUCAGUGACCUGUAAGCCCAAAACAUGUCCCGAUGUCAACCCUGAGAUCUGCACUGAGCCCGGCUUUGUGCUUGUCAACGUCACCAAUCCUUCAGACCCAUGCUGCAGUAAACAAGUUUGCAACUGUGAUAUCAGCAUGUGCCCACCUAUGGAUAAAAAGUGUGCAGUCGGAUAUACGCCAGUCCUGGAAGUGCCUGAUGGAAAAUGCUGUCCAGAAAUCAAAUGCGAGCCAAAGAAAGUGUGCGUUCACAAAAAUAUGGAAUAUAAGCCUGGUACCAACAUCCCCGUCGUUGACUGUCGGGAAUGCAGCUGUACGUGGGACGUGGAUCCUAAAACACAGUUGUUCAAUAUCAAAUGUGGAUCUGUGCAGUGCAAUGAGAAAUGUGAUCCUGGUUAUGAAUAUAUUAAAACGACCUUUGACGACUGCUGUGGAAAGUGUGUGCAAACUCACUGCAUCGUCAAUAACAAUGGCGUCCAUAAAAUACUAAAGGAAGGAAAGACUUUGCACACUGCAAAUCAGGGCUGUGAUAGAAUCACGUGUAUUAAAGUCAAUGGACAGUUCAUCACCGACAAAUACACAGUCCAGUGCCCUCCUUUCAACAUUUCCAACUGCCAACCUGGCACCGUUCAGCGGUCACCUGAUGGCUGCUGCCAUGUUUGUGUGGACCAAAUUAAAGGAUGUCAAGUACAGACCAUUCGUGAUUACAUAAAUCACAAUGACUGUCAGUCAGAGAAGAGAAUGGACCUUACAUUUUGUAGUGGAGACUGUACCAGUUUUAGCAGGUACACUGAACCUGGAUUGACCUCUUGUAGCUGUUGCCAGGCCACUCGCUCAAGUAAUCGCACAGUGAAUCUUGGUUGCGUAAACGGAGACAUAGUAACUCACACAUACAUCCAUGUGGAGGAGUGUGCCUGCAGCAAAACUAACUGUCAUAAAGCAGGAGUGGGCCACACACUCGCUGAAGACAGCCAAAGAAAACGUAGCUUCGGACGUCCGUGAGCAGCAGCAGUGAAUCAUCCACUCGAAGACUCUGAAAUACGAAUUCUUUGAGAAACUUUGUUUGGAAAUUAAUUUAAAUUGCACAUGCUUUAACAUUUCUUUAACUUUAUCUAUAGAGCUUUUCUUUUUUCUUCGUUGGAUAAAUAUGUACUGUUGUGCUUGCUUGAAAUUAAAAGCAUUUAA